AUGUGUGGCUACUACGGAAACUGCUAUGGAGGCCAUGGCUAUGGAUGCUGUGGCUAUGGAGGCCUGGGCUAUGGCUAUAGAGGCCAUGGCUAUGGAUGCUGUGGCUAUAGAGGCCUGGCCUAUGGCUAUGGAUUCUGUGGCUAUAGAGGCCUGGCCUAUGGCUAUGGAGGCCUGGGCUGUGGCUAUGGAUUCUGUGGCUAUAGAGGCCUGGCCUAUGGCUAUGGAGGCCUGGGCUGUGGCUAUGAAUGCUAUGGCUAUAGAGGCCUGGCCUAUGGCUAUGGAGGCCUGGGCUGCGGCUACAGCUAUGGCUCUGGCUCUCUCUAA